UUUCUCUUUUCAACCUUCUCUCCUUAAUCGCUCGCUUGCUCAUCUUCUCAACUCCAUAUUGUUGAAUCCUCACCAAGGAAAGGUGACCAAUCUGGCUAUACAAGCCACCAUAACGAACAGACACCUGCAAUGGCGGCUACAAUAAAUCCCUAUAGUAGCAAACCCAGAAUACACCUUGUUGGAUCAGAAGCUCUCGUAUGGGAUAUCCAAGAUGUCCGAAAACUGCGGCAAACAUACAGGAUCGUGGGUUCGUUAACAGGAUCUUUAGCCCGUAGUCCAAUGCAGAAUAUCUUCCAGGGCCUUCCACUCCGGUUAUUGCCAGAGGAAGUGUACGUCCUCCGGAGCCGCGAUCUUGUUGAUCUAGUUGAUGAAAACCGUUCUUAUAAUGUGUCUGAUUCUGCACCAAGACCUGAUGGAUUUCAAGCUAGCAAUCUGAUAGCCCCUGCUGCUAAUAACUUGAUGUCUGCUACGAGGAGCACCAGUAGCGAUAAUAGUAGAAAUAACAAUAAUAAUAAUGCUUCAGAGUGUGCCCAUCUCUAUCUUCACACGCUAUCAGACUGCCUUCCUUAUUACAAGCCCAUAUCCCCUACCGAGAUGUCUGUCUCAUGGACUUACCCCAAUACAACAAGGCAACAACAAAAAGUCGCUAUAUUUAUGCAUCUUUGGGAAACGCACAAGUUCUUCCUUGCUCCAGGAAUGAAGUUUGGGGGCGACUAUCUACUUUACAAAAAUGACCCAUUGGUGUGUCAUGCCGAUUUGAUCGCAUCUGUCGUCCAAUGUUCUAACCAAUCACUGCCUUUAGUUGACCUGGCGACGCAUGCGCGACUUGCCACUACGGUCCAGAAGCAGCACUUGAUAUGUUGCUGCCCUUCUACUACUGCUGACACUACAACUAAUGUGGGUAAGAUCUAUGAACCACAUGAGUAUGAAAAAGCCAAAGAAACAAGUACGAUCAAUUCAAGUCCAGAGUUAUGGCCACACGUUAGCCCUCCUGCACUCCCAGUUCCGAAUAAGGGCCAUAUCAUGAUGUUUGUGGUAGAAUGGGCUGGCUUUUAGCCCACAGAACCCUUCCCAUUUAAAGCUUUAUUUUUUAAGAAAAUAAAUCUAAAAUCGACACGAU